GCUGUGCCAUUACCAUGUCGAGGUUAGGUUCUAUGAAUUUUUUGGUUAGCUUAUUGUGUAGCGUUAAGUCUGCAAAAACGUAAGACAUGGCUGAAACAAUGAAACAAACAGUGGGCAAUAUGCUAAAAGGGAUCGAGCGGUAUAAUCCCGACAACCUUUACACUUUGGAACGUUAUGUGGAAAUUCAAUCGCGAGAAAACACCUAUGACCUGGAAGCUAAUCUGGCAGUGUUAAAGUUGUAUCAGUUCGACCCGCAAAUUUUCAAUUUCGAUAUUGCGGGACAGAUUCUCAUGAAAGCACUCACAAACCUUCCGCACACCGACUUCAUUUUGUGCAAAUGUUUGCUGACCGAACAGCAACUGUCUCAAGAGCCAAUAAACCAAAUAAUAUACCUGGCCGAUUUGCUUGAGCAGUGCGAUUUCCAACUGUUCUGGACCCGGGUUCAUACAAUUCCGGCACUGACUCAGAAAAUCACCAGUUUUUUUGAUUCCAUUCGCAAGUUCGUGUGUCAUGUAGUCGGCAUUACAUUCCAGACCAUAGACAGGAAUCAUUUGGCGCAAUUGUUGGGUGACGUUGACGAUAAAACGCUGCAAGCUUGGGUGAAAAAGUAUGGCUGGAAGCAACAGGGUGAUAACCUGAUUUUCAUCGCCAACCAAGAUGAGAAUAUCAAGACGAAGAAUAUUAGUGAGAAGAUUGAUUUUGACAACGUCGGGCACAUAAUGGCACAGUGCCUUUGAUUGGGUUGCAAUAUAUGUGAAAAACAGUGCAUUUUAAUAAACAAAAUAUAAAAAUA